AUGGAUCCUUUUCUACGUCGCUGGGAAGUCAACGUCGUCACGGGUCAAAUGGCUGCACGUGGCGAUUUACAAAGUCUGAAGUGGAUCACCACGGCUUAUUUGCCAGGUGAGUUCUUAACAGAAGUUGUCGCUCAAGCUUCUGGCAAUGGACACGUUGGCAUCUUACAGUGGCUCUGGAAGAACCACCGUGAAGUGGGCUACUGGGGUGGAAUCGAGCUGUGCGGAGCGAUCAGAAAUCGGCAUUUUCGGAUGGUAGAGUGGCUCAAGACUCACGUCGCUUUUCGCCUUGAGUGCGCACAGCACAUUGUCAAGCAAGCGGCAACGUCUGGGAACUUAGAUAUCGUCAAGUGGUCACACAAGAGCUUUGACAUUUCUCUCGUCGAUGCAGUAAAGACCGCAGCGAUCCACUAUGAAUGGAAGGUUGUACAAUGGAUUUUUGACAAUGGCAAGCGCGAUGAUCUAGAAAUUGCUUUGCGUUGUGAUGAUAUCUAUGCAAGCGCAGCAAGAUCCGGCAAUAUGGACAUGCUUGAGCUUCUCUUUGACCGUGGCUCUCCGAGAGAUCCUGUGUUUAUACUUGAGAGUGCGGUGUCAGGAGGUCAUUUGCGCGUUGUCAAGUGGCUGCACGAAGAGAAGGGGGUCUCGAACGUCGGCAAUGGAUACGUUGAGGCUGCGAGAAUCGGUAAUUUGGCGAUACUGCAGUUCUUACAUGAGAAAAAAGUAGACGCAUCCCCAGCCAUGUCUGCUAUCGACGCUGCUGCUGCAGCAGGAUGUUUGGAAGUCUUACAGUGGCUCCAUUCGCACACCCAAACAAAGUGCACAAUUCAAGCAAUGGACGGAGCUGCGAGUCAGGGACACCUGCAUAUAGUCCAGUGGCUCCACACAAAUCGCACGGAAGGAUGUAGCCGCCUUGCAAUGCACCUUGCUGCUGAGAACGGCCACCUCGAUAUCGUCAAGUGGCUCCAUGCAAACAAAAACGAGGGCUGCUUUGCUCUGACAUUGGCGAGGGCUGCUGAGCACGGACAUUUGGACGUGGUCGUGUGGCUACAUGAAAACUGCAAAGAAGGCUUUGAUCUUGGUGGAAUAAUGGAUGCAGUAGCCCUAAAAGGUCAUUUGAAAAUUCUGCAAUGGUUGCAUGUGAAUUGCGCGGUAGAAUGCACUACAGCGGCUAUGGAUGCAGCUGCGUACAAUGGCGACCUCGACAUGGUGAAGUGGCUUCAUGACAAUCGCUCCGAGGGAUGCUCACAACGGGCAAUGGACGGUGCUGUCAUGCGGGGACAUCUGAAUGUUGUAAAGUGGCUACAUGCAAAUCGGCGUGAAGGCUGUUCAGCGGAGGCCAUCGAUCGAGCGGCUGGGAACAAUCACAUUGAAGUUGUGAGAUGGCUGUAUCAGUAUCGCUCACAACGGUGCACGCACAGAGCCAUGGAGUGGCUUUUCAAGAAGUCGAGGUGCCUUGAGACAGCAGUAUACCUCUUUUCUACGUUUCCAGAGUGCCGUACGUUCCAUUUAGGACCCGAGUGUGAAUUUGCUUGGCUUGAAGUGAUCCAAUGGCUUUUUGCGCGUGCUCCUGGAGCAUUAGAGGCGUGUUCACUCAGGGUCAGGUCAUGGAAUUGGCACAUGUGCAACUACCUUGCGAACAACGGCUGGAAGCAGACUAGGAAAGACGGAGUGUUUACGAUCUGGAAUCAGGUAUAA